AUGAAGUCCAUUGUCGCUCUGUCUUCUUCCCUGCUCCUGCUCCUCGGAGCUGCUUCGGCACAAGAGGUCCAAUCCAAGCCCUUCCACCUGAUUAUUUCACAGGCGGCCAAGAAGUCCUUCAAUGGCGAGAAGCUUGGGGCUUGCCAUUCCGGCGCUGCCAUUGAGUCCCUCUGCCUGGCCGGUGACUCCGGCUCACAGUUCUACCUGAACUACACCAAGGGCGAACAAGCACCCGUUAAGGGCAAUGGUUUCCCUGGUGCUCUUAUCUGGAACCUUCCUCUUGGCGGCGGUGAUCCCCCGGUUGAGUCUGAGCCCAUGAGCUUCUACAGCGACCCAUCCACCAACCUCGCUAUGCCUAUGUUCCAGCCCAGCUAUGACCAGCAGGAUAUCUUCUUCGAUGUCAAGACCCAACUUAUGGGCAUCUACAGUUACCUUGAUGACACUGUCACCCCUCCUACUGGAGACACCGUCAAGGUCCUCAAGUCCUGGUACCUCUGCGAGACUUACUACACUGGGUACACUUAUCACACUCUCAACUGGCUUUAUGGUAAUGGCAAUGCCAAGCCCCAGAACCCCAGCUGUGUUAAGGUUCAAGUUGAACGCAAGUUCUUGUAA